AUGCAGGAACCAGGAGAGCGAAGAGGAGUUGCCCCCCCUCCACUAGGCGGCUGCCAGACGCCGUCCACCACUGGGAGAAAGAGUUCCGGGUUGUCGUGUCCCCCUGUUCAAAAAUCCAGGACGGGCGGAAGGGGGCCAGGAGGAGGGAUAACGACUUGUCCCUCGCCGGACUGGCAGGGCGAGCGGGUGCUGGCAGGAAGAGCAGCCGUGGUGCAGCUGCUGGAAGCUUCCUUUGGAGCAGGAACGGGUGCUGGGCGCUCAGGCGGUGUUGGUCAUUGUGGCGCCGCGACCGGCGUGCGACGCGGUGUGGGAACCGGUGGUCGAGGCGCCGGCACAGGCGAUUGCCGUGGAGCCGGUACAGGAGGUGGCACAGCAGGCGACGGGGAAGAUGGCGGCGGUGGCCGCGCCGGUCACAGAUCCGGAACCGGCGGCCGAGCCGGGAGGGGCGAAGGCGGUGGUGGCCUAGCCAGUCGGAGAGCCGGAACCGGCGGUCGAGGCAGGGGGAGAAGGUCCGAGCCUGCUGUGGGCUGGGACCGCACAAACCUGGCUUUUAAGUCCUCCAUGAAUUGUGCGGUCCAGAACGUCGGUUGUGCAUCGCCGACAGGGGUUCUCGCGAGAUGCAGGAACCAGAGAGCGAAGAGAAGCGUGUGCUUCACUGCACCGCUGCCGGUAGUAACCCCCCCUCCACUAGGCGGCUGCCAGACACUGUCCACCACUGGGAGAAAGAGUUCCGGGUUGUCGGUGUCCCCCUGUUCAAUAACCCGGGACGGGCGGAAGGGGGCCAGGAGGAGGGAAAACGACACGUCCCUCGCCGGACUGGCAGGGCGAGCGGGUGCUGACAGGAAGAGCAGCCGUGGUGCAGCUGCUGGAAGUCGCCUUGGAGCAGGAACGGGUGCUGGGGGCUUAGCCGGUGUUGGUCGUCGUGGCGGCGCGACCGGCGUGCUACGCGGUGUGGGAACCGGUGGUCGAGGCGCCGGCACAGGCGAUUGCCGUGGAACCGGUACAGGAGGUGGCACGGCAGGCGACGGGUAA